GGUUCCUGUAAUUGAUCGAUUGACCACGCAAUCUUCAGUUUAUCAUAUAAAUACAACGCUUGUGAGAAACAUUGCAUUCUGUUCUCCAACAAUGGCUUCAAAAACUAUCCUCUCCUGCAGCCUUCUUUUUCUUCUCCAAUUCCAGUUCUCUGCUGGCCAAAAUGUCGUCAAAGCUGCUUACUGGUAUUCCGGCAGUGAAUACGCCGUUUCCGAAAUCGAUUCCUCUCUGUUCACUCACCUCUUCUGUGCUUUCGCCGAUCUCAAUCCUGAAACCAACCAGGUUACCAUCUCAGCUGCAAACCAGGCCCGAUUCUCCACCUUUACCGCAACAGUCCAACUGAAGAACCUUUCUGUCAAAACCCUCUUAUCCAUUGGCGGCGGCGGUGGGGACGCAAUUAAAACCGCUUUUGCUUCUAUGGCUAGCCAGGCUAGUUCAAGAAAAUCAUUCAUCGAUUCUUCGAUACAAUUGGCGAGAAACAACAACUUCCAUGGCCUUGACAUUGACUGGGAGUACCCAGCAAACGCUCAGGAAAUGGCUAAUUUCGGUUCCCUUCUCAACGAGUGGCGUGCAGCCGUUGCGGUGGAGGCUACAAGCUCCGGCAAGCCAGCUUUGCUUCUCUCCGCCGCAGUUUCCUACUCUUCAAACUAUUUCGGUGUCGUCAACCCAGUCCAGGCCAUUUCGAACAGCCUGGAUUGGAUCAAUGUGAUGGCCUACGACUUCUAUUACUAUUCCGAUUCCGGAAGAAUCACCGGACCCCCGGCUGCUUUAUACAGUCCCGGAACCCAAAUCAGCGGAGAUGCAGGAAUCACGGCCUGGAUUCAGGCUGGUUUGUCACCUGAAAAAAUAGUCCUGGGAUUUCCUUACUUUGGCCAUUCAUUGGAGCUUGCCGAUGCCAAUAACCAUGGCUUUUGGGCGCCGACAAGUGGAUUGGUGAACGGCGGAGCCACUGGGUACAAGCAAAUCAAGCAAUUUAUAGCUGAAAAUAGUGCGACCCAUGUGUACAAUGCCACUGUUGUUUCGGACUAUUGCUAUUCCGGAACAACCUGGAUUGUUUAUGAUGAUACUCAGAGUAUUUCUACCAAGGUGAACUAUGCCAAGGGGAAAAGCUUGCUUGGUUACUUUGCUUGGCACAUUGCCAAUGAUGGUAACUGGGCUCUCUCUCGUCUUGCUUCACAGACAUGGGAUGAGAAUGAGCAAUCUUCAUACAGAGGAUAUAUGUUGAGGAAUAAAGAUUACUGAAAGAUUGAAAUAACGAGAAUAAGCUCCAUUUACUCUGUACUGUAAUAUCUAAUUACAAGGAAGCCCUUGAUAGUCA